AUGUCCACAUCUAGGAAGCGCUCGGCUGCUGCCCGAGGCAAAGCCCUGACUAGAAAUAAAAAUGAUGCUCCUGAUAUUCCAAGAUUUCGGGAUGCCAAUGCAAUUGAAAACUACACGAAGAGCUUUCCUAGAAAAGUUGCAUCCACCAAAUUUGUGUGCAAGCCCAUGCUUAUAUCACCAGGCGUUCUUAAAGGGGUCACCCAAUUGUUCUGUAACAUUGGGUGGGAAAACCUUCUCAACCUCAUGGCGCACACUUAUGAGCUCCCUAGAAGAGAGUUUCUUGCCGAUUGCGGGUACGAUAGCGAAAAAAGAAAAUCCACAUUCCAACUUCUAGGGUACCGAAGGUACAUCGAUUUUGUGACGAUCAAUGACAUCUUGGGCUUACCUUCUUCAGACACAUCCACAUUUUUCGACAUCCUACCUGCCGAGUUCAAUCACGAGACCUUAUGGACGGAAAUCACUGGGGGUAUCUUUUCUUGUGCCGGGCGAGAUAAAGAAACCUCUAUCAGCCACCCAUUCCUCCGCAUUGCCCAUUGCAUCUUGGUGUGUACAGUUUUUGCCCACAAAGAAGCAGGCCAGGUCACCAAAAAUGAGCUCUUCUUCCUUUAG